AACAGACUCAUAAGUUGUGAUAAAAAUAGCUCGGUGCCAUGCUAUCCUCUCCCCUAACCCCUCCCAGUAGAGGUUCCCUGUCGUCCGCUGCUGCUCGUGUCCACCGAGGAACCGGGGACAGUGUAUAACAACAACAAGCGGGGUUAGCCAAUCAGAACUAGGACCAGUUUGGCUCACGCUCCCUGGCACUGCGGGCUGUGUAGAUCUGAUGCAAACAUGCCUGAAGUUCCUGCACGGGAAGGCGAGCUCACCGAAAAGAUACCAAAGAAAAGGUCAUUAGAGGAUAUAUAUGAUUAUCAUCCCAAAAAGAGAGCGUGCUGGGGAAUUUUAACUAGUCAAGGUUCCUGGGCUGACCGUUCCCCUCUCCAUGAGGCAGCAUGUCAGGGUCGUCUGCUGGCUCUCAGGACUCUCAUCUCACAGGGUUACAGUGCAAACAUCAUCACCAUUGAUCAUGUGACUCCACUGCAUGAGGCCUGCCUGGGAGACCAUGUUGCCUGUGCCAGGAUACUCAUUCAGGCUGGUGCAAAUGUGAAUGCUACCACCAUUGAUGGAGUCACGCCAUUGUUCAAUGCCUGCUCGGCAGGCAGUUCAUCGUGUGUUGAAGUUCUCCUGGAACACGGAGCCAAGCCCCAGUCUGAAGCAUGCCAGCCGUCACCUAUCCAUGAAGCAACAAGUAAAGGGAAAGCAGCGUGUGUAGAAGCACUACUUGCGUGGGGCGCAGACGUAGACUAUGAGAUUCCACAUCUGGGUACUCCUCUUUAUAUUGCCUGUGUCUCUCAGGAGCUUCAGUGUACACAAGCACUUCUAGAUGGAGGAGCGAAUGUACAGAAAGGUCACUUCCUGGAGACCCCUUUACACGCUGCUGCGCAGAAGGACUGCACAGACGUCAUUAAAGUCCUGCUGGAGUUUGGGGCCAACAUCAACGCCAAAAACGUGGAGCUUAAGAGACCGGUGGAGACAGCGCCCCCUAGCAGCUUAGCGGAGGGCCUGCUGCUACUCUAUGAAGCAACGCCUCGCUCCCUGUUGCAGCUGUGUCGCCUGAGCAUCCGAGACUACCUGGGCCGGUCCAGACUGCACCUCAUUCCCCAGCUCAAGCUGCCCACACUCCUCAAGGGAUUCCUGCAGUAUAGAUAGACUCACCCAGCGCCCUAAUCAUCACCCUUCCUCUUUUUGCCUUCUCUGUCUCCUUUCUCUCUCUCUCUCUCUCUCUCUCUCUCUCUCUCUCUCUCUCUCUCUCUCUCUCUUUCACACACACGCACACACACACACACACACUCACGCACGCACACACACACUCACUCACUCUGUAUGUUUUCAUGUGAUCUCUCACAGUUUCUUUGACCUCCCAGUGGCCUACAUAUUUAUUCUCUGUACUACUUGCCGUGGCACGGUGCAUGUAACACUUCUCCACUCGAGUGUUGUCGGUUACUACUGUAAGUUCUAUGUGCACUAAGUAUGUUGAUUGCUUUUCUCUGGGCAUUAAAGGAGAAAUCGGACGAGUUUUCACAUAGAUCUCCGUUUUUCGACAUCAUCGAGUACAGUUGUAUGAAAAAACCCGGAAAACAAUCGGUUUUACCUAGCUGGAGUUGCAAUUUUCAUGUAUAUAUUGUUACACUUCAUUAUACUUCAUGUAUGUAUCGUUACACUUCUGUACUUCAUAAGAGAGUCAGAGUGUGUUUCAGCUCCCCUUGUAGUAAUACAAUAAGACAAUUAUAUGUAAAAUGCUAAUGUUAUCAGUGUUGACCUGAUGUUGUAGCAGCUCGAGUUGCUACAGCCAGCAGCUAACACAUUCAGGCAGCUACAGCACUACACUCAUGUACAUGGGAACUUGUGGAUGGCUGUAGCAACUCGUGCUAGGUAAAACCGAUUGUUUUCAUUUCUUUUCGUACCAACAAUACUUUGUGACCUCGAGAAACGGAGAUCUAUGUGAAAACUGAAAACCAGAUUUGUUAUGCCAUCAAUGAGGAUCGAUGAGGAAAUGAAAUUGUGCUGAAAGCAUCAUUUUAAUUCAAUACUCACUAUGUGACAAGUAGAGAAGUAAGAUUUACAUAGAGACGCUCCCUACGCAGGAGUGAGAAAAUUUUAUUCAAAAACAGCUUCUGAUCAUAUGUCUGUAAUGUGCUCAUUUUCAUCAUGGAUAUGUGAACUAUAGAGCCAUGUCCUAAAAUCCUCCCUGAAAAACAAAAUUACUCCUUUUGGCUAGUUUGUGUUUAGUGUUGACACUGAUCAUGAAGAUUUGUGAGUUUUGACUAUUUGUGAUUGCCCCUUUAGGCACGCCUCAGUGUCCAGUUUCCAAGAGUCGACCAAGAGUAGACCAAAUGUGGAACAAAACCUGUAAUUGGGUUUUAACCCUAGGAAGAUUUGGCCUAGAAUAAAUGAGUAAAAGAAUUUAUCUAAAUGAUUAUUUUGGGCUUGAAACAGUUUAUGAUAUGGUUAACAAGUUGUGGUAUGGAAAUAUCUCAAAUAUAGGCCUACAUGCUUACAGCCCACGCUAAGGCCAACUAAUAGCAUGAUCUAAAUUGGCAGAAAUUAUGAUCUUACAGUAUGUGUAUCCUAUUAAUUUCUUGACACAGAAUGACCCCAGCAGCCUCAGUUGUAAUAUAUGUAUGUAUUUAAAAUAACUGGAAAUUGUGAAGUCUGUGUCAAAUGUGAAGGGACAAAAAAAUAAGGAAAGUGCUUGUUGUGCCAAGGACUGUGGGCAUUGGUCCUCUCUGUCCCGUUGUCCUCCAAAACUACUGCAGUUCUACUCUACUGAUCACUGAUUUUGAGCCAGUCCCUAAUGCACAGAUGUCAUUUCAGAUGUGAACUGUUGUUGAAUCUUAUUUCUUGUCAGUCAACCAUGAAAAGUAUAUUGUGUGUGUGUAUAGUUUACAUACAUAUCAGUGACAUCCCGAGAAAGUCACUUUCAUUUGUGUCAAAUAAAUGUUGACUGAUGUUAAA